AUGCAGCCAUUGCUGCUAUUUAUCACCCCAAGUUCAAAAAUAGAUGGUAAAAUUGUAUUCAUACCUCAUCUUCUCAUAAUAAACUUUUAUCAAUAUUUAAAAAAAGCAGUAACAGCGGUAUCUAUAACAACUAGUGAAGAAAAUGUUGAAAUUGAAGAUCACUUUGAAUUUUUUGACUUUGGUCCGGUAACACAAAAUGACAGAACAGAUACAUCCAUGUCUGCUAAGAUUGAAGUAUGUAUAUGAAAUUAAAUAUUUUAAUUUAAAAAUUAAUAUAACUAUGGUUUUAAAUGAAUGUUCAAGGUAUUAAAGUAUUUUGAGGAUCCAUUUUAA